AAUGAGCACAUUCUGCGCGCAUAGACGUCUUGGCAGAUAUAGGAUCGUUGCGGAUCGGAAAUGCACGCCAGCCACAAGAAGAAGACGCGAGCACGUAAUCGACCCAGAAACAAAUGCAAUCGCAGCGAUCAGACUAGCCCGAAGGAUGUACAGGAUAUGCCUGCAUCAGUUUGCGACACGGUUAAAAUUGAGCCCAGAACUGAGCCAAACAACAAUGCAAUCGCCAUCAUACAGAGCAUAAUUCGCAAGAAACUGUUGGCCAAAACAAAAAAUAAUAAUGCUAGCUGCGGUAGUUCAUCAGAAGUGCCGUCCAGGUCAACAAAUGUAGUGCCUCUACGGAAAGUAGCAACGCCACCGCCCAAAAUACCAAACGACGGCAAGAGUGAUGAAUUGAAUGCGUUCCUCAAAUCCAUUGGCAACAAACUGCAAAAAGGUUCAGGUGAGAUGCUGCCAACGGAUGCUCUAUUCAGUCAGCUGGGAAAAAUGUUGAGCAUGUCACCCUUAAUCGACUCGGAGUCAUCCGACGAGGAGGCCGAAUACGUUGAGUACAUAUAUAAGCCGCGACAUUAUUUCAUAACAUCGCUGUGCAAUCAUUGUAAAGUGGAUCUGUGCAACCGGCAGAUGCUUCAAUGCAAGCAUUGCGCCCUCGUCCACUAUUGCAGCGCAGUUCACAUGCGGGAGGAUCAGGAGCAUCGCCAGCUGUGCUACGGUCUGCGCCAGCUGGUCGAACGCAAUGGCCAUGACAUAUUCUACAAGUGCGGCGAUUUUAGUGGCGAACAGUUUCGCUCGUAUCGCAUUGUGAGCGUUCGCCAAGUGGAGCAGCUCAUAAAUCGAAAACUGACGGCCACGGAACAGGAGGUGUUGCUCUUUCCUUUCAUCUGUGGCGAGGCCAAGUGCCGGGAGCACAGAUGCAGGAAACUAGCAGCGUGUGUGCAUUGUGGUGAGGUUGCCUACUGCAAGGAUAAACCGAAUCAUUUGAGCGAUUCCCAUCGUGGAUGGUGUGGCGCAUAUCGACUCUUCAAAGCAUUUGUUGUGCUCCAGGCGAAAUUUGGACGCCUGGAGCCACCGUUACCCGAUAAGGUGUUGAGAGAUUUACCCAUUUCCUGCUCCAAUACCAGGCAAAUAUUUAACAAGUUGAAUUGUAGUGUGGCCGAUGAAUGCGAGUUUGCUGCACUUACUCAGAUAUCCACAGGACCCUUGACGGCGUUCUUUGCCUUAAAGCUUUGCGAGCGUUUGCGAUCCAAGGAGCUGACCAUUCAUUUGAUAGGUGCAGAAAUGGAAUUCGAAGUUGAUGUCUUUCAAAAAUGGGAAAUUUUCUUGCUGCACAUAUUGCCAGCGGUGAAAACGUUAAAUGUCGUCUUCAUUGGACCAGAACUGAACACCAACAACAUUUCCCUGGAUCAACUAUCGAAGAUAAGAUGUUGUCGUUUGUGCCGCAAAGCACAACGCACCGUGCAGUAUCAUUUUGAGAAUCGACUUUAUCAUAAUUAUUGCUCGGCACCCGGUUUUCAAAGUCCAGAUUUAGUUUGUUUCUUUAAUGCGGGACUUUAUCGUGCCACUGGCUAUGCAUUGGAAGACACUUGGCCAGAGACAAUGCAGGCAUCCUUGAAUCUUAAAUGCCCCAUUGUAGUUACAUCAUAUACCAAAUACGAAGCACCAUUGGAUUUAAGCCAUUUCCUUAAUCAGUCUAAUCGACAUUUAAAUGUCGUAUUGCCCCCCACCACAAACCCGUUUAGGUCGGAAAAGCCAGAACGCAAUUUUAUAUCAGACGAUGAUGCACCAUUCAUGUUCAAGAAUUUUCAAUGUUUCGUCGUUGAGUAAGUUUGAAUGUUUGAACUGAUGUAACGCCUGUGUUGAGUUUCUAAGCAAGUAAAUAUCCUUUAAUCGAUUAAUGAAAUUAAGUGCUGUAAGGGGUGGCAAAGGGAGACAAUAGUUAUCAUGGAUAUUUUGGAUGUUGUGUACUUAAAAAUAAUCAAAUUCGAAUUGGUUUAAGUUGUUUCAAACUUUAUUAUAAAGUUGUAUCAAUAUUUUAUGUGUAACGUAUUUUAUGUCAAUAAAUAACACCAAAACAGUUUUAUUUGAA